CUGGAGCUCUAGACGCUGAUUGGCUGAGCCGACGGGCUCGUUGAGUCCGGCAAAGUGUCGAACAGAAGCGGAGCCAGACGAGGAGGAAGUACUUUUCACAAUGGAAAUAAAGAAGUAAACCGAACUUGAAACUUUGUGCAGCUCAACAACCAGACAAGUCCACCAUGCCUGCCCAACCCGCUGAGAGGGAGCCGGAGGAGGAGAUGGAGGCAGACGGAGAGUCGCAGCUCCCCGAAGCCAACGGAGAGUUGGAGGAAUCAAAAGACGACGAGAGAACGGGAGGCGGGGGAGGAGAGGAGACAAUGGAGGAGAGCUUGGAGGAGAGGGACAGUGACAUGGAGGAGAGUGAAGAGGUAGAAGAAGAAGAGGAGGAGGAAGAGGAGAGUUCAGAGAUGGAUGACGAGGACUGCGAACGGAGAAGAGGAGAGUGUCUAGACGAGAUGAUGGAUCUGGAGAAACAAUUUCAGGAGCUCAAAGAGAAGUUGUUCCGGGAGCGGCUGAACCAGGUGAAGGUGAAGCUGGACGAGGUGCUGACUGGGAAGGCAGGAGAAUACAGAGAACCUCUGGCUGGCCUACAGAACAGCAUGCAGAUACGAACACAAGUGGCCGGAGUGUACCGGGAGCUGUGUCUGCAGGUGAUCAAACACAAGCACGAAUGUGAAGUUCAAGGAGCGCGGCAACAUCUGGAGAGUGAGCGCUCCUUGCUGUUUGAUGCCAUGAAGGCCGAGCUUCUGGAAAAGAUACGCAGACUAGAGGAGGACAGACAGAACAUAGACCUCUCCUCAGAGUGGAGUGAUGAACUGAGAGACAAGAAGUGUAAAAGGAAGAACCUGCUGGGUCGCUCAGACAAAAAAAAGAAAGUUGCUUUAGUUUCAGGGCCCUUUAUUGUCUACAUGUUGAGAGAUAUCGACAUCCUCGAAGACUGGACGGCCAUCAAGAAGGCAAAAGCAGCACUGUCCCCACUAAAAAAGAAGGUUGAGAAGCGGUGAUGAUGUGAAGACCCGAGCUGUAAAGACACCAAACCUAACCGAGACACUCACAUUCCCAGUUUCUUCCUCUGACACUCCAGUGUUUGACUGAAACACAGCAGCUCGCAUUGCUCCGCCAUUUGUUUGUUGUGAAAGCCUUUAACCCCCCCACCCCCGACUGCUUGUUUGUUAUCUGUUGUUAUUUAAGAUACGUUCUUAAUGAAAUGACAACCAUGUAUUUAAAGAAGAUUUAUAAUGCUGAUUAAAAUUUUAAUCUUUUAUGA